CAAGCUUUACAGCGUGCGGUUUGUUCAGUGAGUUCGGAAGAAAAGUGUUUGCGUACCAGUCUCCCCUUGCUCGGCUCGAAGACUGCAUGACUAAAUUUGGGGCUAUAGUUAUCCGCGGCUAAUUUAUUAGCUGAAGACUGAAGUCUAAAGGCUUGUUGUUCUUUCCUUGGGCACACAUCUCCUAUUUGGCUGUUUCUUUGAAUCUCUAUCUUGUUUUUCUGCACUGAUUUAAAUCUAUAUUCAGACAUAUUUUGUGGAGAGAACACCAGAGAGCUCGCGCGGAGGUUCUGGACUAACCUGCAGUUUUGAGCUAAAGGAAACAGGAGAGGAGGGGAAACAGAGAGAAGCCAUCACCUGAACCAAGACGCAUCAACAGAUACUCAUGGGGUUAGGGGAGGCUUCAGCGACAGGGACAGCCAUGGACGGAGACUGUCUGAGCUGCAUCAAAUACCUCAUGUUCGUCUUCAACUUCCUCAUCUUCCUGGGAGGCUCCUUCCUCCUGGGUGUAGGGGUGUGGGUGCUGGUGGACCCUACAGGCUUCAGGGAGAUCGUAGCAGCCAACCCUCUGCUCUUCACUGGGGUCUACAUUGUCCUGGCCAUGGGGGGAUUGCUCUUCCUCCUGGGAUUCCUGGGCUGCUGCGGAGCCAUCCGGGAGAACAAGUGUCUGCUUCUCUUUUUCUUCAUGCUCAUCCUGGUCAUCUUCCUGGCAGAGUUGGCUGCAGCCAUCCUGGCCUUCAUAUUCCGGGAGCAUUUGACCAGAGAGUACUUCACCAAGGAGCUGAAGAGACACUACCAGGGCUACAACAACACUGAUGUCUUCACUGGAACCUGGAACGCCGUCAUGAACAGUUUUGACUGCUGUGGAGUGAACAGCCCGGAGGACUUUGAGGAGAGCCUGUUCCGGCUGAUCAACCGUAACGAGAUGGUCCCUGCAGCCUGCUGCAGGAGGGGUAGCCACACAGGAGACUCAGCAUACGUCAGCCAGGAGGAGUGUCUGAUGGGGAAAAUGCUCUUCCGAAACAACAAGGGUUGUUACUCAGCGGUGGUGGACUACUUUGAGCUAUAUAUCUAUGUGGCUGGAGCACUGGCCAUCGUGGUGCUCACCAUUGAGCUGUUUGCCAUGGUCUUUGCCAUGUGUCUGUUCAGAGGGAUCCAGUAGGAUGAAUGACUGCUGCACCGCACGGACGGCAAGACUUUGUGGAGCUAGAAAAGGGAAAUCAGGCGAUGAAAA